AUGUCUUUAAAUAGCCAAAUAUCAAACAAUCUCAAAGAAACCGGCAUAGAGACAAGAUUAGCUAAAAGUCAAGGCCUUUGGUGUUAUAUGCUAUUGCCAUUUAUUCUUACGAUAAAUACCAUCAUAUACAAAACAUCGACACUCUACCAAAUAAUCACCUUUGUAUCAGUAGGUUUAUUUUUCUAUGGUUCCCUUUUCAUAAUAUUCCUGUCAAUAUCUAGUGUCAUCAUAAAAGAGCCAGUGUAUGGUGGAUGUAUGGCUUCAAGUUUGAUAUCAACCAUCCUUAUUUACAUAUUUUCAGAAAAAGAUUUAUUGUCUUCUCUUAUUUGUUCUUUGCCAUGUAUAUAUUUCUUCAAUGCACUGAUAAAAGUUGCUCUUAUAAAUUUUCCAAAAACAUUCACAAUUGGCGAAGCUAUGGUGGUGGUACAAAGCUUAACUCUGUUUGUGACAGCCUCUACACUUAAAUUUGUUCAUGACCUUUUGAAUGAUACGAAUGAAGAGUACACAUUUAUUAACACUAUAAUCUUUAUAGGGUUAUCAACAUUGGGGUUAAUUGUUACAGCACUGUUCUACCUGGAUGACAAGCAUAGGAAUUUGUGGUCAUUGCAAUGCAUAGUUGCAGCUGGUAUUACUGCCAUACUUAUCAUUUUGCAUUGCAUUAUGGGACCAACUUGCUUGAUCAGGAUUUAUGAUUACAUUUUCAUGGACAUUGUGAGAGUAAAACUAUUGAUAUUCUGGUUGGCAUUAGUUAUACUGUCAGUUCUUGUACUAUAUGUAUCAACGAGGUUGGCAGUAAAAGCCACCACUGUGAAAAGAAAAACUUUUCAUUUAUUGGCAUCUUUAGUAUUCCUUAGUGGGGUUCUUACUGAUGUCCCUUUUAUGACUCUCGCUGCUGGAGUUGGUCUUGCACUCAUAAUAUUUGUUGAGGCUUUAAGGAUAGCAAGGAUUGAACCAAUAUCAUCAGCGCUUCAAUCGACAUUUGUUAUAUAUGGCGACGAAAAGGACUGCGGCGCGUUCGCAAUGACGCCGCUGUAUUUGUACGCGGGACUUGCGUGUCCGCUGCUGCUCGCUCCGGCCACUGCGCCCCUGGAGCUAUUGUCCGGCGUGCUGGCGGUGGGAGUGGGCGACACGGUGGCCAGUUGUGCGGGCGCCACCAUCGGCCGAACUCGCUGGGCAGAUAGCAACCGGACUUUGGAAGGGACCGCUUUCAAUAUCUUAUCGCAAGUGGCCGUUGUGUACGCGCUGGAGUUUUUCGAAUUGCUGCAAGCGAGGCAUGCCUUAGCGCGGACCGUUAUCGCGGCGACAGCUUCGGCGUUGACGGAAGCAAAAACCGACCAAGUCGAUAACUUGGUCCUUCCUCUUGUGACUAUUUUAGCUUUUCAAGCGACCCGUUUCCUAUCG